GCUGCUGUUGACAUUCAUUCUUGUCUGUAAUUCGCCUGAAACCCGCCUAAUACAUACCUCUCUGUCACCUCAAGGGGUUUUUUUGGCUUGUGCUGGGACUUGAUUCUUACCGCGUCUCUAUUUCACCGCGAUUCACUUCUCGUUUUCGAUAGUUUGACGUGCAUCGUACUGCCGUCACUGCGAACUAUAAAACAUGGCGACCAAGGCAGCCUAUAAGCGUCUCACUCGCGAAUAUCAAAAUAUCCAGAAAAACCCACCGCCAUUCAUCGUCGCACAUCCCUCAGAAACCAACAUCCUUGAGUGGCAUUACAUCCUCACCGGUCCCCCGGGCACCCCUUACGAAAAUGGCCAAUACUGGGGAACGCUUAUGUUCCCUCCUGAAUAUCCCUUUGCGCCACCCGCCAUUCGUAUGCACACUCCGAGCGGCCGGUUUCAGCCAUCAACUCGCCUUUGUCUCAGCAUUAGCGAUUUCCACCCGAAGUCCUUCAACCCGGCUUGGGAGGUAUCUACAAUUUUAAUCGGACUGCUCUCUUUCAUGACCAGCGAAGAGAUGACCACAGGAAGUGUGAGUGCUUCAGAGGCGGAACGCAGAGUGCUAGCUGCACGGUCAAGAUGGUGGAAUUCCACCGGUGGAGGCUCUCACAUCAGUGCUACACUCGGAAUUACCCCCUCUGCCAAAGGUAUCAAUAAUGUCAAGGCUGGAGAUGGGGGUUUAAAGUUUCGCACGGAGUGGCCAGAGCUUGAUCACGAAAACUGGAGGUGGAUGAAAGACAGCCGUAUUGAUACGAUCACUGGCCAGCUUAUGCCACAUCCCAACGCUGCCACAAGAUGCUCUCCAGAGACUAGUGCACUUCGCCGGCGGCCUAACGGCAGUGCUCCAGGUUUGGGUGUCGUAGUAGAAGGCGGCCACGUCGCGCGAGAAGCUGGUGAAAGCUGGGUUCGCCGAAACAAGAUCUGGCUGGGGUUUGCCAUUAUUUUCGGCUAUGCUUUGCUCACAAGGCUGAUGAGUGAUGUUCAAGGGUGAGUCGCUUGUAUUCCUUUUGGUCUUAGAAAAGAUCAACGUCGAGUCCGGUGGAUGUUGCAUUGAAGCCCGACACCUUUUGCCUCUUCUACCAGCCUUUUCUCAAUUUUACUUUUAAUGGUUCCCAUUAAUCUAAUAGUUUGGGGAGGGGAUUGCGGGUCUGUGUGAUUCCAUGUUUGUGUAGGGCGUUGGGAGAUGGCACGGCGUUAUGAUCACCACUGAAGCGUUGCUUCGGGCUUUGUGAACUUUGUCUCAUAAUAGCUCUCUAAAUAGGGACAUUUGUACAUACUGUGUGUACCGUGUCCACAUGAGGGGACGAAGAAAAGACAGCGCUGUUCUUGGCCACAACUAUGUACCUACCGGGCACAACUUUCAGUAGCUGCAUUGCAUAUUGGCUGCCG